AUGUCUGAUCUAAUUAACAACGGUAGUUGUCGUCACAGCAACCUCGUCGUCCCUUCCUUGUUUGCAGUCGUCUCUACUAAGGCUAUUUCGUUUCUAUUGCUCAGCUUUUGGGUUAAAGCAGCACAUGGAUUGGUCCAACGCUUUCUCAGACACAAGACCAAUGUCUAUGUAGAUAAUAGUUUAGACUAUGGAUUAGACCUAACUUUGCAUUGCAAAUCCAAAGAUAAUGAUUUAGGGAUUAAAUUGCUCCAUUUUGAUGAAACUUUCAAGUUCACCUUUAGACCUACUUUUUGGGGGACUACAGAAUUCUUUUGUAGCUUUCAAUGGAAGGAUAGGUUUGAGUGGUUUAGCAUUUACGUAGAUAAUAGAGAUUAUCCAAUAUGCUAUGAUUGUUAUUGGAUUGUAAAAACUGACGGGCCUUGCAUGAAGAGCGCUUCUGGUUACUAUGAUAUUUGCUACAAAUGGAAUCCCAAGUUUGAUUGA